UCCUGACCCCAAUCCCAGCAGGAUUUUGGCCCCAAUGCCGCUCUCCUGACCCCAGUGCCAGCAGGAUGUCGGGCCCGCGGGGCCCCGGCGAGCAGUGGCCGGCGCUGGAGUCGGUGGGGCUGAGCCGCAAGGAGCUGGCGCUGGCCGAGGCGCUGCAGAUGGAAUACGACGCCCUGUCCCGGCUGCGGCAGGACAAGGAGGAGAGCCGGGCCAGGAAGGAGCAGCUCCAGGAGCGUCCCCUCAUCUCCUGGGACGACCCCGUGGACAGGAACGGCUGCGCCGGCAUCAAAGCGGCGCGGGGGCUCUCGGGCUCCGACCCCGCGCUCUGCCACAACGGCCCCGCCGUCCCCGAGGGUCCCCAGGUGCCGCCGGGGCCCAGCAGGGAGCGGCAGUGGCGGAAGGGCCCCCUGAGCGGGGAUUACCUGUUCAUCCUCGAGGGCUCCCAGCGGGAUUUCCUUGGGGAGCCCCUCAACGGCUCCCAGCCCCACAACGGCGGCGGUUCCCCCAAAAAACUCUCGCCGCCCCCUCUGCCCCCCCGGCACCCGCUGUGGGGCUGUCCCGAGGGCGGCCAGCGCUCGGGGAAGGCGUCCCCGCUGUCCCCAAAGGGCCAGGGCCAGCCCAGGGACAUCAACAUGUUCUCAGUGGCUCAGGACAAGCUUUUGGGGCGCCGCAUCUCCCAGGAGGAUCCCUACGGCGUGGACGCCAUCACCUGCCUCAACCUCAAAUCCACCUACGAGUCCGAGGCGCUGCUGGAAAAUUCCCGGGGCUGGAAGGAAGGCAGGAGCAUCCUGGAGAAGGAAUCCAGUGGGAAGCCGGUGGCACGGAGCAAGACCAUGCCCCCCCAGGUGCCCCCGCGCGCCUGCGGAGCCCGGGCGGGCAACAGGAAGAACCUGGCGGGCAACAGGAACCGCAGGAUCUCCGUGGAGCCGGUGGCCCCCCGGCCGCACUCCUUGGCCAACGGCUACGAGCUCUUCGAGGUGUCUGAGGAGCGGGACGAGGAGGUGGCCGCCUUCUGUCACAUGCUGGACGUGCUGCGCUCCAGCUCCGGCACCGAGGAUUAUCCGGGCACGGGGCUGGUGUGGAACGCCGUGAGCCGCAGCCCGGAGCAGCUGGGCCAGGGCGUCAGCCUGAAGGUGACGGUGGUGGGCGAGAGCCUGAGGGAGCCGCUGACCUUCACCUGCGACUGCUCCUCCACCGUGGACCUGCUCAUUUACCAGGCCCUGUGCUACACCCACGAUGAGCUCGGCGCCGUCGACGUCGACGAUUUCCUGCUCAAAAUCUGCGGCCUGGAGGAAUUCCUGCAGAACAAACACGCGCUGGGCAGCCACGAGCACAUCCAGCACUGCAGGAAAUUCGACACCGACAUCCGGCUGCAGCUGCUGCGGAGGCAGGGGGUGCGCAGAGAGCUGGCCCGCACGGCCAGCGAUGACCGCAGCCCCUCCACCCUGAACCACCACAUCCACCUGCAGGAGCGGCCCAUCAAACACACCAUCAGCAGGCAGGCCCUGAGCCUCCUCUUCGACACCUUCCACAACGAGGUGGACGCGUUCCUGGCGGCCGAGGGAGAUUUUCCCCUGAAAGCCGAGCGGGUGAUCCAGUCGGUCAUGGCCAUCUGCAACGCCCUGGCAGCCGUGGAGUCCCAGGAAAUCACGGCUGCCCUCAACCAGAUGCCGCCCUGCCCGUCCCGAAUGCAGCCCAAAAUCCAGAAGGAUCCAAAUGUUCUGGCCAAGAGGGAAAAUCGAGGUAUUUCUCUUCUCCUGCUCUCCUUUCUGGGCUCAAGUUCACGGUGCUUUUCAUCUCCAAGCCCCUCCUCCUCCCCCUUCAACUCUCCCGGCCGCGAGCCGGGCUCGGCGCAGGAGGCGCGGCUGCUCAGCUGCCCCCUGGCCUUCACCGUCUACGCCACCCACCGCAUCCCCAUCACCUGGGCCGCCAGUUAUGAAGAUUUCUACCUCUCGUGCUCCCUCAGCCACGGCGGGAAGGAGCUGUGCAGCCCCCUGCUCACCAGGAAGGCCCACGUCUACAAAUACCUCUUCCACCUCAUCAUUUGGGACCAGCAGGUCCUGACCUGCGGGCGGAAGCUCCUGGGCUUGUGGCCGGCGACUCAGGACAACUCCAGGGCCAGGUCGAGCGCCCCAAACUUCAACCAGCCCGACAGCGUCAUCCUGCAGAUCGACUUCCCCACCUCGGCCUUCGAGGUGAAGUUCACCAACCCGCCCGCGGCCGAGAGCAGCCCCAGGUACGAGUUCGGCAGCCUGGGGGAGGAGGACCAGCGCCAGCUGCGGGAGGCCAUGCAGAAAAAAUCCCUUUAUUGGCUGACGGACGCCGACCGGCAGCGGCUCUGGGAGAAGCGCCACCACUGCCACGCGUCCCCCGGCGCCCUGCCCAUGCUGCUGGCCAGUGCCCCCAGCUGGGACUGGGGCUGCCUGCCCGACAUCUACGCCCUGCUCAGCCACUGGAGCUCCAUGAGCCACCAGGACGCCCUGGGGCUGCUGCACGCCACGUUCCCUGACCAGGAGGUGAGGAGGACGGCCGUGCAGUGGAUCGAUUCCAUCUCGGACACGGAGCUGCUGGAUUACCUGCCCCAGCUGGUCCAGGCCCUGAAGUACGAGUGCUACCUGGACAGUCCCCUGGUGCGCUUCCUCAUGAAGAGAGCCAUCUGUGACCUGAAGAUCACCCACUACUUCUUCUGGCUGCUGAAGGAUGGCCUCAAGGACUCGCAGUUCAGUAUCCGGUACCAGUACCUGCUGGCAGCGCUGCUGUGCUGCUGCGGGAAGGGGCUGCGCGAGGAGUUUGACCGGCAGUGCCUGCUGGUCAGCACGCUGGCCAGGCUGGCCCAGCAGGUCCGGGACGCCGCCCCGUCCGCCCGCCAGGGGAUCCUGCGUGAGGGGCUGGAGGAUGUGGCUCAGUUCUUCAAGGCCCAUGGCUCGUGCCGGCUCCCGCUCAGCCCCAGCCUGCUGGUCAAGGGCAUCGUGCCCCGGGACUGCUCCUACUUCAACUCCAACGCCGUCCCGCUGAAGCUCUCCUUCCAGAACGUGGAUCCGCUCGGGGAGAACAUCCGUGUCAUCUUCAAGUGUGGCGAUGACCUGCGGCAGGACAUGCUGACGCUGCAGAUGAUCCGCAUCAUGAACAAGAUCUGGGUGCAGGAGGGGCUGGACAUGCGCAUGGUCAUCUUCCGCUGCUUCUCCACCGGCCGCGGGCGAGGCAUGGUGGAGAUGAUCCCCAACGCCGAGACCCUGCGGAAGAUCCAGGUGGAGCACGGCGUGACCGGCUCCUUCAAGGACCGGCCGCUGGCGGACUGGCUGCAGAAACACAACCCCAAGGAGGAUGAGUACGAGAAGGCCGUGGAAAAUUUCAUCUACUCCUGCGCCGGCUGCUGCGUGGCCACCUACGUGCUGGGAAUCUGUGACAGGCACAACGACAACAUCAUGCUCAAGACCACGGGCCACAUGUUCCACAUCGAUUUCGGCAGGUUCCUGGGCCACGCCCAGAUGUUCGGCAACAUCAAGAGGGACCGGGCGCCGUUCGUCUUCACCUCGGACAUGGCGUACGUCAUCAACGGCGGGGACAAACCCUCCAGCCGCUUCCACGACUUCGUGGACCUGUGCUGCCAGGCCUACAACCUGAUCCGCAAGCACACCCACCUCUUCCUCAACCUGCUGGGGCUGAUGCUGUCCUGUGGCAUCCCCGAGCUCUCCGACCUGGAGGAUCUCAAGUACGUCUACGACGCGCUGAGGCCGCAGGACUCCGAUGCCGAUGCCACCACCUACUUCACCAGGUUGAUCGAGUCCAGCCUGGGCAGCGUGGCCACCAAGCUCAACUUCUUCAUCCACAACCUGGCGCAGAUGAAGUUCGCGGGCUCGGAGGCGCGGCCCACGCUGUCCUUCGCGCCCCGCACGCACACCCUCAAAGCGUCCGGCCGGAUCCGCGACGUCUUCCUCUGCCGCCACGAGCGGGUCUUCAACCCCAGCAAGGGCUACACCUACGUGGUGAAGGUGCAGAGGGACAACCCGGGCGAGGUGACCUUCGUGCAGCGCACCUUCGAGGAGUUCCAGGAGCUGCACAACAAACUGCGCCUCCUCUUCCCCUCCUCGCUGCUGCCCAGCUUCCCCAGCAGGUUCGUCAUCGGGCGCUCGCGGGGCGAGGCGGUGGCCGAGCGGCGCAAGGAGGAGCUCAACGGCUACAUCUGGCACCUGAUCCACGCCACCCCCGAGGUGGCCGAGUGUGACCUCAUCUACACCUUCUUCCACCCCCUGCCCCGGGAUGAGAAGGCGGCUGGAACCAACCCGAGCCCGAAGCCGGCAGACGCCACGUGGGCUCGAUCCCUGGGCAAGGUCGGCGGGGAGGUGAAACUCUCCAUCUCCUACAAGAACAACAAGCUCUUCAUCAUGGUGAUGCACAUCCGAGGGCUGCCACCCCUGCAGGACGGCAACGACCCCGACCCCUACGUGAAAACCUACCUGCUGCCCGACCCCCAAAAAACCACCAAGAGGAAAACCAAAGUGGCCCGAAAAACCUGCAACCCCACCUACAACGAGAUGCUGGUGUACGACGGGAUCCCCCGGGGGGACCUGGAGCAGCGGGAGCUGCGGCUGAGCGUGCUGAGCGAGGAAGGGUUUUGGGAGAACAUCCUGCUGGGGGAGGUGGGAAUUCGCCUCCGCGACCUGGACCUGGCCCAGGAGAAGAUGGGCUGGUUCGCCCUGGGGUCCCGUGGCCACGGCACCCUCUGAGCCCCCCCGGGGACCCCCGGGUGUGUCCCCAAAAGGGCGCUGCCCAGGUGGCUUCUUUUUUAAGUUUACCUUGUGUCAAGGGAGCAACGCGGGGAGGGAGGGGCGCGGGGCGGUUCCGGGGGUUAUUUCUUCCUUUGGGAUACGAGU